AUGGAAGAGGCAGCGGUGGUCAAGAUGGGCAGGUCUGAGCAUCACGACGAUAUGGCCGACGCGUGCGGCUCGCCGCCAUCAUUUAGGAUGGAGGACCUUCCUGCGGAAGUUCAAGCUAUUAUAAUUUCACUGCUGCCACUGAAAGAGGUCGUUAGGUCAUGCGUUGUUUCCACAAGUUGGAGAAUGGUCUGGAGAUUCCACUGCAAUCUUUGUUUUGAUGGCCUCACUAGUCUGGAUUGGGACACAGAUGACGAGUUCAAGGGUACUACCAAAAUAAGACAAGCAAAGUUCAUUGAGACUAUAAAUUGGGUUAUUCGACAACAUAGUGGGAUAGGAAUCAAUAAGUUCAGCAUCAGGUGUGGACUACACAAAGAGGACUCUGAUAAUCUCGACAAGUGGAUUGAGUUUGCCGCUACAUCGAAGGCAAAGAUAAUAGCUUUUUCUCUGGUAAUAAUUGAUUAUCCAUUUGAAUUUCACCACUUCCCGCUCGAGGUUUUAGGCACUCAAGGUAGCUCAUUUGUGCGAUCCUUGUUUCUCACCGGCGUUUCUAUAAAGCCACACUCAGGAAUAUAUGGCUUUACAGUACUCAGAAAGCUUGUGCUGAAAUGUGUUCAGAUAUUUGGAGACAUUCCAGGCUUUUUAGCAAACUGUUGGGCACUUGAGGACUUAGAGAUGAUCAAGUGCUUUGGGGUAACCAAUUUAAGCAUACCGCACCAACUUGAUAAACUUCAGCAUUUGCUAGUUAAGAAGAUGGAUGUCGAGACGAUUGAGUGUCUUGCUGCUGAUCUUGCUCAUUUUGAGUACAAAGGAAAAGAGAUUCCUAUAGUAUUUAAUGGUCGCUCCAAGUUAGAGAAGGCUACAAUAAUGUUUGAAGGCAGAAAUGGACUGGCCCGUGUAUUCACUAUGGUUCCAAUCAUUCUGCGAGUGAAGAUGCUAAAUGUGCAAGCUCGUAUAUCUGCUAAUGAACAG